AUGACAGGGGCAAAUGGCACAUACGAUCCCAAGUUCAAGGGUGUCUUCGCAAAAUUUGAACAAUUUCUGGAGUCUGGACAGGAAGUAGGGGCUUCCCUGACUGUGAAAAUAGAUGGCAAGGAUGUUAUCAACUUGUGGGGAGGUUAUGCAUCCGGUGAACGCACGCGCCCGUGGAACGAGGACACUAUCGUCAACGUCUAUUCAACGACGAAAACCGUCUCCGCACUUGCAGUCCUCUUGCUGAUCAACGACGGCCAGCUUUCACCAUACGACAAAGUCGCCAAGUACUGGCCCGAGUUUGCGGUGAACGGGAAACAAGACAUUGAAGUUCGUCAUCUGUUGUCCCAUACCUCGGGACUCGCAGUUUUUGAGGAUGUCACGACGAUGGAGGACUUAUGCGAUGUCAAGCUGAUCACGUCGAGGCUCGAGAAACAGGCACCCCGCUGGGAGCCAGGCACUGCUUCGGGGUAUCACAGCUGGACCUAUGGCUUCUUACUAGGAGAGCUGGUUCGCCGCAUAACAGGCCUAAGCCUCAAGGAAUUCGUAUCUCAGAAGAUUGCUGGUCCUCUGGGAGCUGAUUUCCAGAUCGGUGCCGCUGAGAAAGACUGGUCCCGCAUUGCGGAGCUGAUUCCUCCUCCCCCGUUUGACUUAGCUGAGUUGGCGAAACUCGGUCCAGACUCUCUCAUGGCCAAGAUGCUGUACCCCGUCGCGGAUGCCAAUUUUGCUCACACCCCACUUUGGAGGAAAGCGGAGGUUGGUGCGGCAAAUGGACACACGAACUCGCAGGCCCUCGCUCAGAUUUGGUCAAAUGCACUCACGAUCAGCGACGAGAGCAAAAGACUAUUGUCAAAUAACACAAUCGAACUCAUUUUCAAGGAGCAGUCGUACGGACCGGACUUGUGCAUGGGAAUCCCUGUACGAUUCGGCAUUGGGCUGGGCAUCAGAGGCAAUGGAGAUACCAUUAUUGACUCGUGGAUCCCUGAGGGCAGGUUGUGCUUCUGGGGAGGUUGGGGCGGCUCUAUGGUCAUCAAUGACUUGGAUCGUAACAUGACAAUUGCAUAUGCGAUGAACAAGAUGGAAUCGGGCACCGCGGGAAACACUUCUGUAAAAGCCUACGUCGAAGAGAUUUACAAAACUCUUGGGUGCCUUCCGCUAUCCAAUGAGACUGGUAAUGGUCGUUUGUAA